UCAUAAGUUUUCUUAUCUUCUUGCAUAAAGUUUUCAAUAUUCUGUUCUAAUGUCUGUGCUGUUCUAUCUUUGCAGUUCUUCCUCAGCCUCCAAAGAACUUUCGCCAAUCUUUCUUCCCCAACAAGGAUUUGAAGAAGCUACUGAACCUUCCGAUUCACAAAUGGAAGGCGCCUUUGCUUCUCAACUUUAUCCCAACUUAUAAGUCAGCUCUGCCCGACGUCCCUAAGAGGAAGAAGAAAAGCCUUUCUCCACCUUCUGCUACAACUUCACAGACUGCGUCCACAUCUCAGACAGAUCAAGGGUCAACUUCCGAUCCAGCUGAUCAGCCAUCAACCUCGGCUCCAUACUUGAUUCCAAUAUCACAACGCUGCCGCCGCCGCCGCCGAAUAGUUUUUACUGCCGAGAUGGGUCGCCCAAAACCAAUUGCAAAAGAUCUCUUGGCCAGCAUCCCUUCUGAUGUUGAUGCACAACCAACACAAACCCUGCCUCCUCCAAAGCCAAAGCGAAUCAAGAAGGCUCAACCAAAGGCUAAGGUAACUCAGACUGAAUCUGUGGAUACUUUGCCGAUCUCCAAGUUGGCUGAGAGUGACAAAUCUCAACCCUCUGCUGGGAAGAGGCGCUCUGAAGCCCAGCCAUCAGAAUCCCCAAAAUCAAAAAAGCCGAGGUCAUCUUCUGUGACCACCUCGGGGUCUAAAAAGAAUGAUGCCCCCUAGGCUCCAAAAAUUACUCUGGAAGAUAAGCCAGUCAUGGCUAACGAUAGUGCUGAUGACAUCAACAUCGGCGUAGCCCUCAGUACUGCUCUGCUCCUCCCCGGCGAUCUUAAUCGAAACGCCGAAAUGAACGAGUACGAAAACUACGCUUUGAUGCUUCAACGUUCUGUUCAAGCCAUCCAGCAUGCCCAUUCUUUCUCUGUUCAAUCUUUCGAAAAUCGAGAGAAGUUGGCCGAGAUGAAGAAGAAGUUCUCUGCUCUUCAAAAACCCAACAAGAGUUUACAAUCAAAGAUGAAAAAGUUGGAGGACCAAGUCGAGGUUGCAAUCAAAGCCCAAACUAACGCUGAAGAGAAGGCUGAAUCUGCCGAAGCCAUCAGAAAGGUUUCUGAGUCCCAAAGAAAAGCGGCCGAGGAGAAGAUGGCCCAAGCCGAAAAAGAGCUUCAAGAAGCCUUGGCCACCAAAGAGGUUGAAAUCAAAGACGCCGACGAGAAGGCAUAUGCUCAAGGUAUGGCCGAUGUCAUGGAGGCUUAUGAAAUUCAAGUAAAGCAGGCAUGCAACAAGGGUUUCACCCUUGGUUGGAUGUCUCUUCUAAAGAAGCUUGAGGUCCCCGGGGACUCGCCACUUCGGAAAGCCGACGCCAUUCCUCUUUCGUUCCCUCCAACUCCUUCACCAACUUAAUCCGAUGACGAAUCUGAAUCUGAAGACAAGACCCUGGUGAGAAAACCCAAGGAAGCAACUAGGGCCAAGUCUCCUCCUCAAAAUGAGCAAGUCCUAGACUUGACUCAAGAUGAGGAGGAUGAGGAGGUUUGCAAAGAAGCUGCUCCUGAGAAAGCUUUAUCCGAUGUCUCCCUUGCCGACAAGAGUAUUGAUGAAACCUUGCAAGAAAUUGAUGCUGAGCUUGCGGCAGAAAAGGCGGCCGAGAUGGCUUCUCAACAGCCUUCCGAGGUCCAAACCCAGCCUGUUGUUGAUGUUGAGGAAUCUUAAUUUCAAUGUCUUUUCUUUUGUACUUUGUUUUUCUUUGUUUUUGAAACAAUGUAAGCCCUCCGUAUGGCCGAUGUGCCCUCUCUUUGUUGAAUGCUAAUACAACUUUCCUUCA